AUGAACCAGCUCAGACCACUCGCCCGCCGUCUGGCCAUCAGCACGCCCACACUCCGCCCGAUCGUCCCUGCUGCUACCAGCAUCCGCUUCAACUCUACCACCGCCCCGGCCGAUCCCAAGGCGAAAGCCAACGCAUUCUUGGACGCUCUUCCGGGAAACAGCGCAAUCAGCAAGACUGGGUGGGUGACCUUGGCGGCCAGCUUGGGUGGAUACGCAGUUUCGAACGAGCUUUAUGUCGUCAAUGAGGAGUCUGUCAUCCUCGCCGGCUUCGUCAUCAUGGUCGGAUACUUGAGUACCGUCAUCAAAGAGCCCUACAAGCAAUGGGCUGACUCGAUCAUCGAGAAACAAAGAAACAUUUUGAACGCCUCCCGAACAGAGCACACCAAUGCGGUCAAGGAUCGGAUCGCCUCAGUGAGCGAAAUGAAGGACGUAGUCUCAGUGACCAAGUCACUUUUCGAGAUGUCACGCGACACGGCGGUUACUGAACAUGAGCUAUACAAGAUGAAGCAGAAGAUGGCUGUGAAGGACGAGAUCAAGUCAAUCUUGGACGGAUGGGUCCGGGUCGAAACCCAAGCCCGAGAAGCCGAACAAGCCGAGCUUGUCAAACAGGUCGUCUCGAGCGUCCAGAAACAGUUGGAAGACCCCAAACUCCAGAAAGAGAUCAUGUCCAACAGCAUUGCUGAGAUUGAAGCUUUGAUUAGAGACAAGAAGAUCUAA